ACAGCUCCUAGGAGGCAGCACACUGGCAGCGAAGGCAGCCUACCAAUGAGAGGUGGAAACUGAGCUCUCUCUCUCUGGUUGUUUUUUUUUUACUCUUUGGAUCUUUGGAAAACCUGCUGUGUGAUGCUGCAGUCAUUUCUGAUCUGAGCACAGGAGUGCUCUCUAUCCCUCCUGAUCUGCGGCCAGGGCAACUUGGCUGUCGAGGAAAGUGUUUUGCCAGGUGUUCCCGUGCAAUCUGAGAAGAGUUUUUUCUAUCUAUCUACCUAUCUUGGAAUAAUAGUGCCAUGCCUUCUGGAUUGCAAUACAGCCUCUUUCUCUUCUUGUGCCUAACAUCAUGUCAGGAAUCUCCAGCAUCCCAGAACUGCAUGAACAAGCAGCAGCUUCUGACUGCCAUCCGCCAAAUGCAGCAAUUUCUAAAGGGGCAGGAAACGAGAUUCGCCGAGGGGCUCCGCGUCAUGAAACACCGGCUGACGACUCUGCAAAACACAGUCAUGAAAACCACCCCUGACCCACCAGCUGUGUUCUGCCCUGCCCUUGAUGCCCCACUGAAUGGCAAAAGAUUUGGCACCAAGAACAUGGUGGACCAUGAAGUUCAUUUCACCUGUGAUCCUGGAUUCCGACUUGUCGGCUCCAGUUCUCGAGUGUGUCAGCCAAACGGCAGCUGGACAGGAGAUGUUCCUGAGUGCACAGAUAUUGGGGUUUGCACCAGUCACCUGUGCCAGAAUGGAGGAACAUGUGUUGACCGAGGUGAACAGUACAAAUGCUUUUGUCCCCAGGAGUGGACAGGUCCCAACUGCCAAUAUCAAACACAGAUGGUACCACCAGAAUGGAGCGUAACAGAUGAUCCGGCGUUCAGCCGUAAACCUCGCUGCGCCAAGUUUGACCGGAUGCAGCAGUGCAGUUGCGAAGCAGGCUUCCACAUGAGCGGCACAGCAGAAAACAGCAUCUGCCAGGAUGUGAAUGAAUGUGAAGUUUACAAGCUGGAGGGAGCCCCUCGUCUCUGUAUGCACACCUGCAUAAACAUUCCUGGCUCCUACCGCUGUUCCUGCCCCAGAGGAUACCAGAUCUUCAGCGACGGGAAAAGCUGUGAAGACAUCGACGAGUGUGCUCUCUCAUCGCACAACUGUACCAGGGGAACAACAUGCAUUAAUACAGGAGGAAGCUUUCAGUGUGUUAAUCCAGAGUGCCCCAAGCCCAGUGGAAACAUCAGCUAUGUGAAAACAUCGCCGUUCCAAUGCGAACGGAACCCAUGCCCAAUGGACAGCAGAUCCUGCCACCAUGCCCCGAAGACCAUCUCCUUCCAUUACCUCCCUCUGCCGUCCAACCUCGUCACUCCCACCGCCCUCUUCCGCAUGGCGACCGCGUCGGCUCCUGGGCGGCCUGGCCCCGACGGCCUGCGCUUUGGGAUCGCAGCAGGCAACGGCCGGGGCCAUUUUGUCAUGCAGCGCUUGGACAGGCAGACCGGCGAGCUCAUCCUCGUGCAGAGCCUGCAAGGCCCUCAGACCACAGAAGUGGAAGUCGACAUGACCGAGUACCUGGACCGCACCUUCCAAGCGAAGCACGUCUCGAAGAUUACCAUCUUCGUGUCGGCUUAUGAGUUUUAACGGAAGCCGUUUGCACAGGGGAGGAAAAGAAGCAGCUUGCGGCCUGCUCUUAUUCACCUGCUCUUAUUCACCCACUUUUGGUUCUAACCACCAGCUGUACUACAAAAGCCGGAACAGACAUCAGCAUUGCUGUCUGGGUACUUGCCUGUGUUAAUGCCAGGCUCAGAUAUAAUGGCUGUCGCCUUUCUGCUUCUCCUCCGGGGGUAGCUAGCAUGGCUCUCUCCUGAUUCUGUUAGACUACAGCUUCCAUCAGUCUUGUGGGCUGCUGAUGGGAGUUUGAGUUCAGCAUCAUUUUGAGGGUGCCACAUUGGCUAUCCCUGUUUGACUUUAAACACUCGAUGUCCUGAGUGCCUUGGAGGGAUAAUAAUGUGAUUGACUGCCAACUAUGGUUGGUGUCCCACCUUGACCAACGCCCCCUUACUCUAACCCAGCCUUUCUCAACCUCUGGGUCCCCAGAUGUUGUUGAACUACAACUCCCAUCACCCCUAGCUAGCAAGGCCAGAGCUCAGGGAUGAUGGGAGUUGUAGUCCAACAACUUCUGGGGACCCAGAGGUUGAGAACCGCUGCAUCUAACCUGCCCUUUGUUAGCCAAUCCAGCAUGCCACAUAUACAGAUAACCUGUCCUUAAUGCAGACAUUCUGCCCUCAUCCCAAGCAGAAGUUCAACUAAGGAAGAGUACAAUAUAGGUCAUCUCUCUUUUUCUCCCCGUCCCUCUCUCUGAUGCUGUAUGAGAGCAAAAACAUCAUAUCUCUGUUGCAAGGGAUUUGAUUCUACUUUCUGAUGUUUGUAGAGUACUAAUGCUGAUCUGAUGUCAUGAUUCAGCAACCAUGGGAACACUUUUUAAUUCCUGUUUAUUUCAAUGGGAAGGACAAGCAAUGGUGUGCUUAACAGUGCAAACCUAUGCAUGUUUGCCUGGUAGUGAGCACCACUCAUUUCGUAUGUACAGCCCUAGCCAUGUCUACUCAGAAGCCAGUCCUACUGAAUUCUGGUGGAAUAUCUGAGAGUGGGGUUCAGUUUGCAGCCUAACUCUCUAGUCAAUGUACACAGAGUUACACUGCACAUACCUCAUUUUGAUAUCAGUAGGACCACAACAGGACAAUCUUAUGCACAUCUACUCUCAGACCAAGUAAGUCUCGCUGAGUUCAGUGGGGUUUACUCCAAGGUAAGUGGGUCUUAUAGGAUCGCUCCCUAAAAUACUGAGCUGGAUCAGUUCUAAAUUACGUUGCAACAAACUCACCAUUCCAGCCAUACUUCAGAACUAGAUUUUGAAUAUAUAUUUUUCAUAGUUUGCCUGUGAAAUAAUAGCUUUGAGGGACACUUUGAGGAAACCGAAUCUUAAGCCUUGAUGAUGAAUUGUAGAAACCGUUAUUAUGGGUUUGGAUGGUGCCCUGAGUCCCUUCCAGUUAUCGGGAUCCUGUAUCUGUGGGGGUAAACCGUAGGGGAGCAAACUUACCAAACCAGUCCUUUUGUCUAGGUAAAGGUUUUGGCUGACUAGUUAAGCACCACGAUUAGCAUAACCAAAGAAGUUGCUCUCUGCCAUAGCACAGGUGGGUGGGUCUCCCUGCCCCCAGCUGCUAGGAAGGAGAAUAAUAGCCGGUGUAGCAUGUCUGAAAGAGGGAGAAGCAGUCUGGAAGCUGUAGGUGCAGAGACAUGUUUGCUCUGUGCUGGAUCCAAAGUUCUAACUAACAGAGAAGCAAGACCGGGGUGUUAAUGCUGCGAGCCCCUCCAUCUUAUGCUCAGGUUGUAUAUAUGUGUAAAUAAAACGAUUUAUCCAAGAGGCAUCACAGUCUCCUUCCUAUGGCCUUCAUUCCAAGGAAACUCAACCCCAAAAAAGAGCCUUGAACCCCUGGAUUCUCUCACCACUCAGAGACUGGGGUGGCAUGUAACACUAUUACGCUAAAUAGUAAAUUGUCGGAUUUGCACCUUGCAUCCCCCGCUUCAUAAUCCCACUAAAUUUAACAGUAUUUAUAACUGGGAAUACCCCAAAGAACCGACGUACAUAUGAAUGUAUUUUCCCAUUAUGGUUCCUUGAGGUAUUCCUACUUCUAGAAGCCUAUUAUGUUUAGUGGGCUAUAUAUAUAAUGCAAAUCGCUCUUAUAAGGAUCUGUUUACACUCUCUCUGCAAUAGCUCUGUGUCCACCCCCUAGCUCCAAAAUAAUAAGAAUUUUGUUCCAACUCUGAUAUCUUGUUCGGUCAAAGGGAUGUGGGGAACACAAUUCCAUUAAACAUGUCCUUGUUUGUA